UCGCUUGGCAGAGACUCCGCGACGUCGCCCACCCCCCCGCUGCUCCGACGUCUCCUUCGCCAGUCGCUCGCCCCGCGCCGCCUGGUCCGCCGCUAAUGGCGGCCUUUAGCCUCGUAGGCCAGCCGACGCGACGCGGCCGCAUAUAUGCCACAGCUCACUGUCCGCCGCGCCUUCCCCGCGCGCGCCAGGAUUGGCUCAUUUUGCUGGCCGGGGAAGAGGGGGAUUCCCCGUGGCCGCGCGAAAAUUCGCUGAACCCCCCGUGCAGCGUCCCCAGCCCACAUGUUUUUUGAUUCCCGCGGAUGCGGAGGCCGCCGUCGGGAUGGGGACGGGGAUGUUGCCCGGCGGCAAAGCAGUGGGGCUGCUCGGCACUUGAUCCAUUCCUUCCUGGCAGAGGUGGCGCAAGUGGGCGACAGGACAGGUGCCGCCGCCGCCGCGUAGCUGCUUCCUCGGGGGAAGGGCCGGGCUCUUUUAAGCCUUGGCUGGUUGCUGUUUCUCGCGGCGGAGGCGUUUGUGGGCUAAUCUUGCUUGCGCCUGGCGAGGAGGAGCCAGCGAUCACUGAGCGUUAUCAUGCCAACUUCGCUUGGGACGGCACUAGAUGGUCUCUUCUUUUGUAAGCACUUCUGCUUCGUAUGGCAAAUGAAGAAUUCUCCUCUAGUCCACUUGGGUUGGCGCUUUGGAAUUUCUGCUGAGUAUUAAGGCACCUCUUUUGUCAAGUAAUUGUUGGGAUAAAUAUGCACGAAUGACGAAUUAUACAGUGUUAUCUACUUUUUUUUUUUCACAACUAGUUGCAGUUGCAGCCGUGUAGCUUGGAUGUAGAAGUUUCGCCACUGUCCUUUGUUGAGGUUGCAUAACACACUUCGACAGCAAAGCCUUGCCUGCAACAAGAACCUUGUAAACAACAUUCAAGCAAAUCUGCCCAUCCAUGAAACUUAACCGCACUUGAAAGUUGUAAUCAUGUCAGAUUGUCCUGCCAAAAGAUUUGGAGAGAAAGAGUUUCAAAUUCUGUCGGGCCAAAGUGAUCUUGGUUUACCUUUUGAGCUCAUCAAAGCUAGAGUGUCUGAAAGCCUGAUGUUGGGAGUGAGCAAUGCAGGUGCAUCUACAGAGAAUACACAUCAGUUUAGUUCCAAGACCUGUGGCAUAACUCAUAAUGUUUGCCAAGGAGUUGAGUGCAAGAAUGUUGAUCGGGUUGGUACACCUUUUGAAAGUUCCAUGAUGCAGAAAAAUAUGAACUUAUAUGCUGCUAAUACAGUGGUAUCAGAAAGAUAUUCUUUUCAUAAGCUUUCAGAUAUAUCUGUGAAUUCUCGUAAGGUUUUGAGCUCAGACAAUCUGAGUAUGGAGUGGGAUCACUUCCCUAUGUUUGAAAUCAACAGGAAGAUUGACAGUAUACUUAACCCAAGACGCACUGCAUUUGGUAUUUCAUCUGAUAAGUCUUUUGCUCCGCAGAAAGAUUUGAAGGUAAACAUGUGUACAUCUAAUGUGAUGGCAUUUUCGUCAAAGGAAUAUCAGUUCCACUCACAUCGAAUAGCUGAUGAGAAUAUGAGUAAGUGCAGAUCUACAGGUGGCAUCCUGUCUCACCAAGAUAAACUUAUUGGUCUCAAUUUUGAUCAGGCUGGGAAAAAACUGAAAGGCCAUUUAUCAAUUGAAGAGUCAAGCUCUUGCAGCAAGAAUGAGACUAAUUCAUCAUGUUCAUUGACAGACAAGCUCUGUUCUAGCAAUCUUGUCGUGAAUUCAAAGGAAGCACCUUGUUGUUCUAGUGAGAACUUCAUGUUCUCAGCAAGCAGAAAAGAGAAUGAAAAUGCUGAAGGUACACUCCUGGAAAUGCAAUUAGGAGCAUUAGGAGGAUGCCCUAAGCAACAAGAUCUUGAGGAAGUAGCAAAUCAUGGGCUAGUGCUUGGUAGAGAAUGUGAGAUGCGACCGGUCAAUGCUUCUACCAUCAGUAAAGGGAGUGAUGUGGGAACUAGUGAUCGUGGUAUGGUAUUUGCUAAUCUAUUACAGAGUGAACAUGAGAAUCUGCAUACACACAGGGUGAAUUCUGCGAUGAAGUCGACAAAAUCCUACAACCUACCUGGUAACAUUGAAAGCACACUAGCAAUGAAGAGCAAGGUUGAAACAUUGGCUCCUAGGAAACCACCAAAGGACAUAUUGACAGAUGGCAAGCCAAAGGCUCCCUGCUUAUUUGAAAUGCUAACACUACCUUCCAAAUCACACGUUACAUAUUUCAAUGAUCCCAUAUCUUCAGGUAGAUCUUGUGGUAACAUGGGUUGUUGUUCACUGGGAGCCCAGAAACAGUUCGCAACUAAAACUGAUACUUUGUACAGUAACACGCAUCAUGCAUCAGGCUUUGCUUCAACGUCAACACAGAAGGUAUUAUACCAGCCUCAUGUUUGCAACCAUAAAAGAGACUUUGGCUGUCCAAACACAGCACAAUCUGAGCAGAUAGCAACUUCAUCUAUCAGAGGAGUUUCAAGCUGCAGUGGAGGAAAUGAAACUCUCAACGUGACUGCAGGAAAUCACAGGUCUUCUCUUAAAGAAACAUGCACUAAUAAGCAAGAAUGGAGCAUAUCGAAGACAUCGAGUAUGAACCUAGAUCUAGUUCUUUUUCGGAUAAGCAGAAUGAGAAAUCCAAUUUCCAGUCUUCUAAUUGAGUCACCAGUAUGUUUGGAGCCAAGCGACAGGUGGCUCAAACGUCUGCAAAACGAUGUCUUGGAUCCUCGUUUGCCUUGUUCCAAGAGAUCAAAGAUUGGAGAUGGUCCACCACAUGGAGGAGCAUGUACCAUCUUUGGUCAAGAGCUUAAUUUUGACAUGGGAAAAGUUGAUAUGAUCAACCAGGCGAAGGAGGUCCAGCUAAGGUAUGGAAGAUUGGUUAACCAACAAAAUCUAGAAGGCUCUCUUAUUUCGGCAAAAAGUCUUAACAGUUGGAUAGGAAGAUGGUGCCAAGGUGGCACCCCUAUUUACCAUGGCACUUCAAAUGUUGAAAAGCAAACACCAAAGUUUAAUGUGCCACCUGAUGAUCUUGAAGGUCAGUUUCCAAGCAUUGCUGCAAUGGCGAUGAUGGGACGAGCAAUGAACAAGCUGCGACCGUGCGAACUUCAGAAAAGGGGUCCUUCGGUAGUGUGGAAGACACAAGGGCUGUGACAUUUGACAAGUGUGCUGAUAUUUGUUCUGUCCACUAGCUGUGAGAUACGUGCAGGUAAAAAAGAUGCGUUAAUAAACUAAUUAUAACGUGUGAUUGCCUAGCCUAUUCUUUGUCCCAAGGUUUUGUCUCUUCUAGUAUAAUGUCUCGCCAAUAUAUUUAUGAUGUGUUAAAUUUUGUCAAUUUUCUUUUGUGUUCCAUGAAAAACAAGAUUGUAACAAUAGUGGAUAAGGUAAGGACGCCUUUGUCCUUCCUUGAACAAUGUUGAAGAGCACCAGUGUGACUUAUCUGUAACACAAUUAUUGCAGUGUGGCACCAGAAAGGUCCUGGAUAAAAUAGAUCCAAGUUUAUCGAAAUAA